AUGGCUACAGUCGCUCGAGAUGAUCUAGAUGAGAUCUCUGACGCGCUUUCUAUGAUCCAGCUUGCAAGUGUUAAAAAGCAACUGGCCCGUUUACUAGACUUCAUGCGCCGCAAGGGCUACGACCUACAGGAACAGCAUCCCAUUUUCCUCCGCUACGACAGAACGCAUGAUAGGUUUUAUCUAGUAGAUCCUACCUUCAUCGGUUUACCGAGCCUGAGGAUAAGAUAUCAAUUCCCAUUGAAGAAAGACGAUGUGUUUGUUGAGCCCUUAACAUCUGGUGACUUCCCCAUGGUGAGAAGCUGCAGGCAAGCGAGGCUCCAGGGCAAAGCGCGUCUAGAGAGCAUGCUCGUGAGCAAAGAGUAG